UUCCCCAUAAAAGAUCUCUCUUUCUCCGGCGCCGGGCAGCUUCAGCAGCUGUGCUAUACAUAUUUACUCUCGCGGAUGCUAUACGGUGAAAACCGCGGCGCUAAACGACCGCCGGCCGUUCGCACCUCUCGGCAGCGCUGUAGCGAGGCUAUAUAAAGAGUUGCGUUGCUCCGAGACGAGAGAAGAGCGAGGAAUAUGAAGACACCGAGACAUCAUCCUCAUCUUGCGCUACCGAUCCUCGGCCUCGUCGCGGCCGCGUUUAUCUGCGCGGCUGAUGCGGCCGCCGGUGCCAAUGACGUCGCCGAUCACGUUGGGCUGCAGCGCAAGCACAAGCAUCACCUGUUACUUUUUAUGGGAGGACUGAAGAGCAUUGCAGCGGUCGUGCUGAUCAAGAUCAAGAUCGUGUUGGUUGUCGCGGCAAUCGUCGCCGUGGCCGCCUUCACCGUCAAGUACCUACUCGGGGCUACGGGUCUACCCCUGGGUAACGUCGCUCCGCCGCCACCGCCGCCACCGCAGCAUCCGCCGCCCUAUUUGCCAGUCGUGCACGAGCCGGUUUAUGGACACGAUUAUCAUACAUCGAUUCCAUGGGAGCACGGCGGCCAUGAAACUUACGGAAACAAUAAUUGGUCGAAGCUUGGAAAUGGCGGUAGGAGCUUACUCCAAGUCGCAACGUUAUAUCCCGUGCUGGGAGACGUACUGUUACAGAAUUACUUCAAUCACAGGAAGAGAGUUAAGAGAAAAAGUCAUUUUUACCGCACCGAUAUGUCGACUUCGAAUAGAAAGUAUAAAUCUGGAGUAUAAUCAUAAAAAUUUUAAUUUAUUACAUGUAUACUUUGUACAAAUUAUUUAUACUCGUAAAUAAACAAGCUUUUGUACCAAAAAUUAA